AUGGGCUCAGAUGAGAGAGCCCGCAAGAAGGCAAAGAUUGCACCGGCGCCUCCUGCUGAUGACGCACUUGGAGGGCUUUAUGAUUUCCUGCCGCCCCCGGAUCCUGUCAAGGACGAAGCCGCAAAGGCGGCAGCUGUCAAGAACCACCUCUCCAGACCGGCCUUGCCCCCGCCGGUCAAGUCUAGGGUAAUUUUCUUAGAUGUGGACGGCGUGAUUUUGCCAGCCGGCUCCAUUGAUAUGAUUGUCGUCGAUGGGGUUACCUUGCCGGCCAAAAGCCAUGUGAAGGAGAGCGACUUCUCAGCGCAGGCAAUGGGGAGCCUCCGUGCUAUCGUGCAGCAGACUGGGGCAACGAUUGUCCUGUCUUCCGAGUGGAGGCGUGGCGAGGACCUGAAGUCUUCCAUCAACGCGGUCUUGAAGAGCCAGGACAUUCCCGCAAUCAGGGAUAGCACGCCCAUAUUUCAGCCCAGGCCGGAGAUUCAGAAGGUGAACGCCAUAUAUGCCUGGUGCGAACGACGUGCCAGGGAGAUAGGCAAAUGGCUCAAGGACCAUCCUGAAGUUACUGCUUGGGUGGCAUUGGACGAUCUCGACUUUGACUGGGCAGACAGCUUGCGACAAGCUGGUACGCCUUGGAUGAAGGUCCGCUCAGUGCACACCAAUGAUAGGAUCUGCCUGACGGAUGCAGAUGCGGCGGAUGCAGUGCGCAUUCUCCUGAAUCCACCUGCAGAUCCCAAGGUUCCUCAGCGACCAAUCUCCCUGCAGGCAAGGUGCUCCAGCAACAACGUUGGGAUUCAACAGUCAAGUGUGCUAAGCACCACAUCCUGCAGUAGGUCUCAAAUGGCUCGCCUUGGCCUCAGACCUUGCCUGGACACAAACAGAUCUUGUGAUAAUAGCAAUCAUUGUCAGCAAUACAGUAAUACAAGUAAUAACAGUACUAGUAUGUAA